GAAUCGCCGAUCUUACGAUAAUUGAUUGAGUGUUGCGCAUUGGGCGGGAUUUGCUCGUUUGCCCGGGGUUUUUCAUAUUGAUCGAUUGUUGACUGUCGAUAAUUAUUAGCAGACUCUCGUCUGGAUAUUUGUGAUUUAGACGAGUGUAUAGGGAAUAGGGAAAGAAAGCGCCGUAUCCCGCACCUCCGCGAAAAGAUUAAGAUCAAGCCGCACAACCAACUCGAACAUCAACACUCAAUCCUCAUACAUACCAUACAUACCUAACACACACCAAAAUGUCCGCCAUUCUCCGCAAACUCCAAGGCGGAAACCUCGAAGUCUUCAAGUUCGGAAUGUACAUCCUCUUCCCCAUCGGCUGGAUGUACUACUUCGGCACGAACCUCGACGACCGCUUCAACGUCUCCGGCUUCUGGCCGUCCGCCGAACAAUCGCAUAAGAUCCCGCUGGAGAAGGAGGAUAUUGAUAAGGAGUUGGCGCGGAUGAGGGCGUUGGAUUCGAUUCGGAGGGAGAAGAGGAUGCAGCGAUUUACCGAGGGGACAGAGGGGUCGGAGUGAGGGGGUUUGGUUGAGUUUGGUUGGGGCUGGGGUGUAUAUAUGAGGACUGGGUUUGGAAUGGUUGCAUGGAGUUGAGUACAUUUGUGCGAAUGCCCCUUGUAUAACACCGCUCUGGCGUUGGGAGUUUUGUUUCAUGGAGGGUUGUACUUUUUACGGAAAAGAACCGAGAUAUCCUCUAAAUACACCGGAAUUUACAUUACCAGAAUGGCUGUGGACACAAAUGCAAUCAUCGCUAUCAAGGGUAUUCUAUCAGUGAAUAAAAAUAACCAUAGUCAACAAUCC